AUGUGACAGGGCUGCUCCGCUCUGCGUGUGUGUGCGUGUGUGCGUGUGUGGAGGAGAAAUUACGAGACAGAGGGCCACUCUGUUGUGGAGGAGGACUAGGCGAUCGAAAACACAACAGUGAAGCUCUUUUGCUCAGAAUUGAACAAUUUUCAAGAGGAGGCUGUUUAUCGGUGCUCCCCUACGUUUGAUUCAUUCAGAUUUUGGACUCGGGGGGGCUCUUCUUGUGUCUAUGGGUGCAUCUCUCGCCUCCCGAUAGGAAAUAACGGGCAGGGCUGCCUCCUGACAAUUAUUUAUUUCGCCCUAUCUGCGCCGCAACGCGGGGAGAAACGUGAUCGAUAGGCAGUGAUAACAGCGUGCUGAUCAUGGAUUAAUGCCCGAGUGAAUUUUCAUCUGAGAGGUUCCCAAUGUUGAACAUGUCCACUCCCAGCGAGCUGAAGUCUCCCUGCGUGACUCGCAACGGUAUGGUGAAGUUGCCCCCCAGCCAGCCCAACGGUCUGGGCAGUGCAAGUAUCACCAAGGGCACACCUGCUGCCAAGAACCGUCUGUGCCAGUCCUCCUCGGUGCCCUCUAUCCUGCCUCCUCCACCAUCCUCCCUUCCCUACCACCACCACCACCACCUGGACGGCCCUGGCAUGCCCCAUUCAGCAGCCUCCCUCUUGGGCCCUGACCUGGAGCCUGGAAAGCCUCUGGUGGGCCUGAAGCCAUCCCUUCGUCAACUACCCCCCCUCACUCUACCCAAGCCCAUGCUGCUGGAGCGCCAACUUGUCCUGGAUGAGAAGCUGCUCAACCGACUGCUCUGGUACUUCACCACAGCUGAAAAAUGUGUGUUGGCACAGGUAUGCAAGACAUGGCGCAAGGUGUUGUAUCAGCCCAAGUUCUGGGAGGGUGUGACACCCAUCUUGCAUGCCAAGGAGCUAUAUACCUUGUUGCCCAAUGGGGAGAAGGAGUUUGUCAGUCUACAGGCCUUUGCACUGCGUGGCUUCCAGUCUUUCUGCUUAGUGGGCGUGUCAGACCUGGACAUUUGUGAGUUCAUUGACAACUACCCGCUCUCCAAGAAGGGUGUUCGCUCAGUCAGCCUCAAGAGGUCCACCAUCACAGAUGCCGGAUUGGAGGUCAUGUUGGAGCAAAUGCAAGGCUUGAUGCACCUUGAACUGUCAGGCUGCAAUGACUUCACGGAGGCCGGCCUGUGGUCCAGUCUGAAUGCCCGGUUAACUUCACUCAGCGUCAGUGACUGCAUCAAUGUGGCGGAUGACGCCAUCGCUGCUAUCUCACAGCUCCUGCCCAACCUAUCAGAGUUGAGCCUGCAGGCCUACCACGUCACUGACACAGCCAUGGCCUACUUCACAGCCAAACAGGGCUACACCACCCACACUCUGCGGCUUCACUCCUGCUGGGAGAUCACCAAUCAUGGUGUAGUCAACAUGGUGCACAGCCUCCCCAACCUGACCGCCCUCAGCCUCUCUGGCUGCUCCAAGAUCACUGAUGAUGGUGUGGAACUGGUGGCUGAGAACCUGCGUAAGCUCCGCAGCCUGGACUUGUCUUGGUGUCCUCGGAUCACUGACAUGGCCCUGGAGUACAUUGCCUGUGAUCUACAUAAACUGGAAGAACUGGUGCUGGACAGGUGUGUGCGGAUCACAGACACUGGCUUGGGAUACUUGUCCACCAUGUCAUCACUAAGGAGCCUCUAUCUGCGCUGGUGCUGUCAGGUGCAGGAUUUUGGACUGCAGCAUUUGUUUGGAAUGAGGAGCCUUCGUCUACUGUCUCUAGCAGGUUGCCCCCUGCUGACCACCACUGGUCUGUCAGGCCUCAUCCAGCUGCAGGAGCUGGAGGAGCUGGAGCUGACCAACUGCCCCGGAGCCACUGCUGAGCUCUUUAAAUACUACUCCCAGCACCUGCCCCACUGCAUGGUCAUCGAGUAAGACCACUGACCCACCCCGCCGACUGACCAACCGACCGCCAUACUUCAACCUUCCUCCUCUUAACUCUUCCUCACUCUUUUCUCAAAUGCCAGCCAGGAGACUGAACUGCUCCUACUGUACCACAUCCUUCCUCAUUACCUGGCCCCCCACCCUGCCCGUCUUCCUCCACAUCCCAUUGAGUAGACUGACCAACAGGCAGACAGAGAGGCAGGAAGGCAGCUGAUGGUACAUGCCAGACCCAGAGGAUGAUGGGAUGGCAUUUGAGUUUCAUUUAAGAAGAUGCUGGAGUGAAAAGCUUGGUGUGACGUCUUGUCUGACAGCAAGUUUCUUUUUUGGAAUAAACAAAAGGGUUUAGGUUAUGGAGAGCUUCUUUGAAGACUUUGUUGAUUUUUUUGAAGUGAUUGGAUACUAAAGGAAGUGACAUGCACAGAUCCAGCUGCAGCAUUGAGGAAUUAGGAAAAGGGAAAUAAAGACUUUUGUGUUUGAGCUAAUAUGGUGGAACUCGCACAUGUGCUCAUACACUGUAAACACACUCACACACAUACUGUAUAUGGUCAGUGAAACAAAUUAAGUCCUGAAGACCAUGAGUACUGACGUUUCUAUUUCCAUCACUCUGUGUAAUAUAACUGCUGUUAUUCUUUUUCUCAGAGGGUAUCAAAGGUUCAGUCUCUCUUGUUUAUAGAGAGACACCAUAUGCCAGGCGAUGAAACAGGAAUCAGAGAGAACAAAAAAAAAAUGCAGUUCAGGAAGUGAAUGACAGGGAUGGAACUUCUCUUUCUCUCUUUUCUCCCUUCCUCUGUGUGUGAAGUGUGUUUCAUGGACUCACAGGUUCCUCUCUUUUUGGGAUACCGCUACCUUUUUCCAUUUCUGUGUCUUAUCAGAAAUCAAAAAAGGGAGAAAAUUUGAAAAACAACUGUUUACAUUGUUUGUUUUUUGUGUUGGAGUUGCACGCUUGAUUGGCUCAUUGUUUCACAGUUUUUCCCUGCUCUUCAUUUUUUUUUAUACACAUUUAAUUUACAGAUCUGGAGGAGAAACUGUUGUAAACUGUGAAUGUUGUGUUUUUAAAGGGGAAAUGUGUUGGUGAGGCAGUGCAACAUGAACAAUGUAAAAUGGAAAGCAGAGUGUGCAGAAAGCAUUUGACUCUGAUGCUGGAGAGCUUUUCUCUCAGAAAGGUUUCAUGAAUUCAUACAAGGCAACUGUGGGACUCAAACUGACUUAUUUCUGGACUCAACCUAAUAAAUAACUUCAGUCAAUUAGCAGAGGGAGUGCUGCUUCAUGCAAGCAAUCUUGCAAGGUGGAUCUAAGGAAGUUUUGUCCAAAUUGGGCUACAUCUAAUUUUGGAACUAAACUGUACUUUGCUUUUCUUUUCAUCUUUUAAAUGAUAAUAGAAACACAUGAUGGUUAGUCUAUCAAUUUUAGUUUGUGUAGUUCUGAAGCUGCAAAUGCAUUGUGUGAACCCCUUAGCUGAGGUCAGGUUACUUCAAAGAUAAAAAGAAAGGUUGGGGGAUUUCAGUAUUUAGGGUCAGGGCCAGGGUCACAGGAUACAAGAUUUUUUAGUUUCUGUGAAUUUUCAAAUGUUCUUAUUAACCCAGAGUCAGAUAAAUCUAUUAUGUUUCUAUGCAGAUAGCAUAGUUUAGCUCAGUGUAUGAAUGCAGUACUCCAACAAUCCAUGACUGGUCUAACAACACUAAAUGUUUGAAUUGCAAUUAGCAUAUUACAAUUGUCACUGAUAGUAUAAUGUCCCUAACAUUGCCACAAACUGAGAGAAAUGACUUCAUAUCAAACCUAACACUUCAAAUUGUUUUUCAAAGGCAAAACAGCCAAUGGCCUGAGUGCAUAAUGUGAGGAAAAACAAAACUUCAAGAGCUUUUGUUACUUCUCAACCUGUUCACAUGUUUGUAUGUGUUGACUUGUCAGAUGAGAUAUGUUAGAUUUAACAUAAGUUCUUGUUGAAUGAUAUGUUUUCGCUCUGCAGUGUGCAGUGUUUUGCAGUAGCCUUUAAGAUGUGUUUAGUCCCAUUUUGUUGGGCAAGUGGGGAGGAAACUAGUGCAUCCAGCACUAAUGUACAGAAACACCAUCACUGCAACACAGAGAACAGUUUGAAAUGUUAAACAUGUAACCUAAAAAGUUGAUGGGGACUAAUGCAGCAUAGACCACCUCUAAAUCUAAAUUUAGGGAUAAUCUGGUUUAUUUCAACUUUUAACCUUAGAUUCCCAUGUACAUCCAUAAACUGAGCUAAGCCAGGCUAAGCUUGGCCUUCAACAUGCCUUUGUAUUGCCAAAUGAAUACAAAAAGGCAUCUGGAAGUGUGUCUGACUCUGAGUUAGAGGAAAAAAUAGUAAUGUUUCCCAUAAACCAAAGUAUAUAUUUAACAUGGAAAUAUGUUAUUGAUGUUAUAAAAGAAAAACAAAUCAUUUUGAAGCCAGUAGUCAUGUUUUUUCCAGCUCUCAUCUGAUAUUAAAAGGAGAUGGAUGAGUCCAACAGUGAGCCACUGUGCUACUUUUUGCCUCUUGUGUGUCCUCAGAUGUGCUGACUGCCAACUGAAAGGAUUGGCUCAGUGACAGCCAGUAUUAGGUUGUGCCAAAUGCAUCCGCAGCAGCGCAUAAAGUGUAGCUGCUUGCCUCUAGCUAAUCGCUGACUACACUGAAAUGAACUGUACAGUACUCUGUACUGUACAGACAUGGCAGACCAUGCAUGUUUUAGUUGGUCUGCCUUUUUUAUUUCAAGAAGGCUCAUUUUAGAGGUUGUCCUGCAUCUGUUCAUUGUAUAUAAGUAUAUUUAUUUAUUUAUCUAUUUAUUUAAAUUAAUUUGUGUCUUAUUUACGUGAUUUAUUUAUUGAAGAGACAUUGCUUCAAAUUUGGGCCUGAAUAAGCUUACGCACUGAUUGCUGGUUUUGUUUUGUUUUUUAUUAUUUUUUGACAUUUCAGACCCCUAAACGAAAUAAUCUACUUUGUGCUGGCAAGAUAUAUUUACCGUUAUUGUCUUGAAUGUGGCAGCAAAAUACAGAGUAUGGUAUACAUAAAAGCAUUCGAUGUCUGAGAUUUACCUCUGUCAUGGCUAAACAAUGUUUACACUGUGCUACUAAGAUGACAAAGGGCAAGAUUUCUGAUUUGAUUACGCAAGAUGAGAAUACUGUGGAAGCUUAUUAAUGACAAAACUAUUGAGCGCCCUAAAACAAAUUUAAACAAGUUUUAAGCAUGAUCCAGCAAGCUAGCUUUAGCACUAGCUCUGUGCUCACUAAAGCUUUGGCUUGGGAAAGUUGUAAGACUUUAUUGGAACUCUAUGGUGGCAUGAUUCAAACAAAACAACCUGGGGACAGCAAGUGUGCCGAUAUACGCUGGUGUAUUUUUUAUAAUUAUCAGCCCAUUAUAAGUAUUACACUAUAUUUAUUAAAGGAUUUUUGUUAUUAACUAUCCACUCGAGUGAAUUUGAUUUUUAUGCCACAUCUUACUCAUGAAUGAAGGCCACCAUGUGGAAGCCACACUUACUUGGCAGGUGUUCACUACUGUGGUUGUGGGAAACAUCACAAUCUGUCCCCUUGGGGCUACUUGCUACUAGUGACUGUAACCAAGAGUUUCAUUCUUUUAGUUUAAUCAUUUUUCCAGGUCAACUGAUAAAGUUUUGUUUUGGGAGAACUAAAUAUUGCA